ACGACUAUCAAAUUCUUAUAUAGGGUAGUAUUUUUUCGGAGAAAGCAGUGUCGCAUGUUGCUUUGGGAUGCAUGCAAAUCAAACUCCCUCAUAUAAGAUAUAAUAGUAUAAAUAUAAAUGGUAUUAUUAUAAUAUCUAAAUAGGAGUAUAUAUUUCUCUCAUAGGAAGCACGCAGUGUGGGUUGAGUCAAGGUGCAUGGGUCCAUCGCUGACCAUUACUAUGAACAUGUCUGCUCUAACGUUCAAUUCUACUCCAAUGAUCACCACAGCAACAGCGACUGAUGACCGGAGCAGGAUCCUCGGUUACAAUGAGACUCACAGUUGUAGUAGGCUCAGUAGGAAGAAGAAUCCUUCAAUUAUGGCUUGUUCUACUACAAAGCCACUUGCCCCGGUAGUUGACCAUCACGGGGUCAACGAGUCAGGGCUGAGCCGAAUUGAGUCACUGAGUCAGGUAUCUGGUGUGUUGGGUUGUCAAUGGGGUGAUGAAGGAAAAGGAAAGCUCGUUGAUAUGCUGGCUAGGCAUUUCGAUAUUUUUGCUCGUUGUCAGGGGGGAGCCAAUGCUGGGCAUACUAUUUACAAUUCUGAGGGGAAAAAGUUUCUUCUGCACCUUGUCCCUUCUGGGAUUCUCAACGAGGGAACUACAUGUGUUAUUGGUAAUGGAGUCGUGGUGCAUCUACCGGGACUCUUUAAAGAAAUUGAUUGUCUUGAAUCAAACGGAGUCUCUUGUCAAGGACGGAUCUUGGUAUCUGAUCGUGCUCACUUGUUAUUUGAUUUUCACCAAGAAAUAGACGGCCUUAGAGAAGCUGAGCUAGCUAAAUCCUUUAUUGGAACCACCAAGAGAGGCAUUGGGCCUUGCUAUUCAAGCAAAGUUAUUAGAAAUGGCAUAAGAGUAAGUGAUUUAAGGCAUAUGGACACAUUCUCCCAAAAGCUUGAUCUUUUAUUAUCAGAUGCUGCUGCAAGAUUCCCAGAUUUUAAGUAUGGCGGCCCUGACAUGCUCAAAGAAGAAGUGGAACGCUAUAAGAAAUUUGCUGAGAGGUUGGAACCCUUUGUUACAGAUACUGUUCACUUCAUGAACGAUGCUAUAUCUCAGAAAAAGAAGAUUUUGAUGGAAGGUAGUCAAGCAACAAUGUUGGAUAUUGAUUUUGGCACAUAUCCUUUUGUGACUUCAUCCAGUUCAGUGGCUGGUGGAAUCUGCACAGGUCUUGGCAUUGCUCCGAGAGUUGUCGGUGAUCUUGUUGGUGUGGUUAAGGCCUAUACCACACGAGUUGGUUCCGGUCCUUUCCCAACAGAAAUCACGGGCAAAGUUGGUGACUUUCUUCGUUCUGCUGGGCAGGAGUUUGGCAAUAUUACUGGACGCCCACGUCGCUGCGGUUGGCUAGACAUAGUCGCGGUGAGAUACUGUUGUCAAAUAAACGGAUUUGCGUCUCUAAACCUAUCAAAACUAGAUCUGCUGUUAGAUCUAUCAAAAAUUCAGCUGGGUGUUACUUACAGGCUUCCUGAUGGUUCAAUAUUAAAUUCUUUUCCUUCUGAUCUUCAUCUUCUUGAGCAAAUAAAG